AUGGAGCGAUUUACAGACUUGCUGCGUGGAUCUAACAACAGUCCUAAGUCUUAUUCUAAUUUGCGAGACAAAAAGGACAAAGGCUCUGAUAUGGAUGUCGAAAUGGGAGAGGCCGAUCCAAAUCAAUCGCCCUUCAUGCAAGAGUUCUUUGACAAGAUUUCUCAAGUCAAAAGGAACAUGGAUCAGAUACGCAAGAACAUGGGUCACAUGGAAAAACAGCACGGGAUGGCCCUUACCUCUGUGUCAAGUUCAGCCUCCAAUAAGAGACAGGAGGAGCUUGAAGGCCUUAUGGAUCAAACUAGCACUCUGAUCACUGCGGUCAAAGUUGCCCUGAAGGACAUGGAUAAAGACAGCAAAGCACAUGCUGCAAAGGCGGGGAAGGCUGGUGAUGGAGAGGCAAGAAUUCGUCAGAACAUGCACAGUGCACUGACCAAGAAGUUUAUUUCCCUAGUCCAAGAGUAUCAAGAGAUGCAAACGAAUUUCAAGGGAAAGUACAAGGAACGUGUGGGCAGGCAGCUCAAAGUCGUGAGACCUGAUGCAACAGAUGAUGAUGUGGAGAGGCUGCUGCAGGAUGGAGGUGACAGCAACAUUUUCAAACAACAACUGCUACAGGAGCGAUCAACUCAGGCUGCGAAAAAUGCCCUGGCAGACAUUCAAGACAAGCACAGAGAUAUCAUUCGACUGGAGCAGAGCAUUGUUGAGUUGCAUCAAUUGUUCGUGGACAUGGCCGUUUUGGUGGAAACACAGGGCGAGAUGUUGGAUCAGAUCGAAUAUAGUGUGCAACAGGCACAUCAAUAUGUUGAUCGCGGUGUGAAGCAACUUGAGAAAGCAAAGGAGAGCCAGAAGAAAUCUCGCAAGGUCUACAACACUCGUCUGGGCGAGAAUGCGAGCAUGAGCGACGCGGCGAAGUGCUGA